AUGACCAAAAUUAACGAGGCGAAUGUUAACAUGAUGGAGCAAAAUUCAGUUAACGAAAUUUGCUUCACAGAUUUAAAAAAGAAAGACAAAAUUGAAAAAUCUAAAAAUGAUUUAAAAAGACAUUCGAUUUCAAUUGAAGUCAUAGACAAAGCUAGCAUAGACAAAACAAUUCGUCUGGAAUUGAGAAACCCAGAUAACGAAUGUAUAGUGAAAAAAAUUAAAAUUAAUGACAAAUCGGAUGACAAUCUAUCGAAGUUUAACGAUAGUUUGAUAGAAAACUGUGAUACGAAUGGUGUUGAAGAUUUUGAGUAUUUGAACGGUGAUGGGGAUGUAAGUAGUAUUCAUUCUAGUUCAUUUUUAACCCGACUAACUCAUUCCGCUGGCUCUGUACUUUUUGGGUAG